CAGAGAGAGUCAGCCAUCACGAUGAAGUGUUGGACAAUCUUAGCCUUGCUGGUUGCAGUCUGUGCUGUGUUCCUUGGUGUUGGACACACUGAAGAAACUACAGAUGAUUUCAGAGAACCGGCUUUGGAAGAUGCAGUGAAUGAUCAUGAGGACGAAUUGUAAGUUCUACCUUUUUUAUUCAGUUUACUAUCAAAUGUUGUUUGUUGAAAAAAUUGUUUGCAUGCAAACAUUUGAGAUCAAAACUCAAGCUUUUAGUCGACUAAGUUUGUCAUGUCUCAUUACUUAAACAAUCUCAUUAACGAUUAAUACGAAUUGUAGCCAUAGACCGAUUCGAAAAAUGGUUUUCGUUCUUUUUUCUCCCGAGAUAAUUAUCACUGCCGCCUUAUAUAGAAUUCUUCAAGAUUUUACAAAAUAUAAAUAUAAUACCAUGUAUUAUCUUUGAGAAAUUAAAUCUUAAAAAUACCGAAGUUUCUGCUAGAUUUAACAAAGAAGACUGACUAGACUCGUUUUGGUGCUGGUGUAUGAAAUCCUUGGGCUGUUUAUGAAACUCGUAUUGUUUUUCGACUUCACAUAUAUAGACCUGAUUCGUUUGAAAAUACUGAAAAUGAUGACGACGAUGAUGAAGACGACGGUGAUGAAGAAUCGGAUCCCAAAACUUUAGUUGAAACGUAAGUGAAGUAAGAUUUGUAUUAAGCUGAAUCAUGUCAUAAGCCACAAAGCAUAAUAUACCAUAUACCACACCAAACCACACCAUAUCACACUAUACACUACACCACGCUAUGCCAUAUACAGCCACCAUAUCAUACAUUGCCGUACUACACACCAUAACACCCAUACCAUUCCACAUCAUAUUAUAACCAUGUAAUAUACCACACUAAACCGCACGAUACACCAUACCACACCACAGCAUUACUUAACACAUGGCAUAUCAUGCACACCUUACAAGAGUACAGCAUACCAACAUCAUUUCAUAACAUGCCUCGUAAAACGCAACAAUUCAUAAAGAAAAUACAUAUGAGAUCAUCAGUGUGAAGGAGUUUGGCUACUAUAACUCUUGACGAAGGUCUUAUUUUUGAAGGUAGUAAUAUAACCACUCAGCACAGCAUUUUCACAUUGGUACUACCAACACUGGUACAGACAGUUUUAGGAGUUUGCAUAUCUGAUACAAAAUAUGCUAAUUUACAUAAACUUUAAGUUCAAUUUUCUCACCAAAUAUCAUUCAUUUAUUCUAAAUUGUUGAAGAAUACGAACAUUUUCAUCGAGACGUUUCACAAGUUACGUACGUGUUCUAUACAACAGUUACGUACGUGUUGUAUCAGACAUACAACCUCUCGCCUUCGGAUUGAGUUUGUAUACUGUAUCUGUACAACACUGUAUAUAUAACAUAUUACAUCAUACUGUAAAUGUUACAUAUUACAUCGUACGCAUUACACCAUAACUGAAACUGUACAUUUACAAUGCCAUGCAACACCAAAAGAAACCCCGGUGUCAAGCGAAAUUCCUGACCUCUGCGAAAUACCUGACCAAGCCAUAACGGGUCAGAAAUUUCGCGCGUGCAGGCGCGAAAUACAUGACGCUUGCUAAAUUCUAUGUCGGCCAAAACUGUUUUUUAGAGUUUAGAUAAAAUAAUCAUGCUAUGUUAAUUGCUAAUACUUCGUUAAUUUUAAUAUUUCAACUCGACAUCGCUAAGUUUCAAUCAUAAACACUUUAAAUUUCCGAAAGCGAAUUGUGUGGUCGUGACCGCGAAAUACACGACGUUUGCUAAAUACAAUCGGUCGAAACGAUUUUUAAGUCCAUAUGCGAUGUUACCACAAAUGUUUCUAAUAUAGACAUCGCCAAAUCUAAACGGCCAACUCGGCAACUCACGAACUCAUUGUACCGUUGCUGUUUGCUACUGAAAUCGUGACAAUUGAGAAGGUCAAACGCGAAACAAUUUUUGGUGCUUAUAGUAAUGCUUUAUAAAUACACAUGUUGUCUGUUGAGUUGCGAAAUUUAUGAGCCAAAGUUAUUCAUGCACAUCGUCUGCGCAUGGGCAGUUCUACAAUAGUCAGAUAUUUCGCAAGUCAGGAAUUUCGCGUCACACCGGCACAACAGUCAACAUAUCAUAUUUCUGUGCGUUAUAUACUGCAUAAUUCUACACCUAUACAUCUGCUGUAACUAAGAUCUGCUUGAAAUGAACUGAAUUUAUCAAUGCAUAUCUUCAUUCUUUAAUAAUUCAGAGAGAACGUCUUGGAGAGCGUAAAUGAGACACCAUCAAAUGAUGACGAUGGACCCGAAUUGUUCAAACGUACACCACGGAGGCGUCGCCGUCGUCGUCGUCGUCGUCGCCGUAGAUGGAUCCGUGUCCGUGGGAGACGCAUUGUGCGAAAAAUAUGCAAAUAUGGUCGUUACUUCCCUAAAAUCGGUAAGCAUACCGCAUCUACACAAGAUCGGUUGUACGAUUAUAACUUGCUUCAGGCAGUGCAUGAGAUAAGCUAGGGGAUACGGAGGCGAUGCUUCCCACGUUGAAUUCUACAAUCCCGGGAAAACCAUAUGCGAUACUUCCAAUUAUCUCACCAACUUUCGUAAUAUUAUCCCAAAUUAAAUUUCAGUAGAAAAACUCCACAUUAGAAAAGUUUUAGAGGUACCCAUUUUCGAUUAUCCCUGGCCUGUUCAGUUGCACGGAAAGCCAGAUAUAACGGUAUCUGACCCAACACAACAGUGAUUUUUCAACUCGCAAAAAUACGUACGGAUAAAUUUCACAAUAAAUUAGGCAUCAACUUUAAUUUGGGUUAUACCACUGAAUCAAGAGGCAAUCUUAUAGAAAUUUUGAACAAAACACUAUGUGAUGGCAACAUUAUGAGAGUUGUCUAAUAUUUGUAUUUCCAAUGGACAACUUGCAUGUUAGACUAAAUUUUAAUCUAAGUAAAGAGAAGGGCAUCAAACACCACGGCUAAAAAGAACAUAAUGAAAUUAGUAAAAUUGCAAUAUUUGGUUGCGAAAUGUUGUAAAGCUUGGAGGAUAUAGCCUUGAAAAGUUUGCAAAUUUUGUAUAUGUUUGUAUUACGUGCGAAAAUUGUUAACAUUUUCAGCUUAAAAAUGGUAGCAAUUUCCGCACGUAAUACAAACAUAUACAAAAUAUGCAAACUUCGCAAGGCUAUAUUUUCCGUAUUUUACAACAUUUCGUAACCAAUUUUUGCAAUUUUUAACAAGUUCUUUACGGGAAUAAGGAAUUUACUUUCUUUUGCCUAGAUCAAAAUUAGUUUAACAUGCAAGUUGUCUAUUGUUGUGGUUCAUUUUCUUUCACAUUAUAUAGGUUGGAAAUGCCUUGUAUUUGGGCUGGGAGAUGAAGGUAUAAAAUUGUUUAUCUUUUUUAUAACAGUGUUAGAGAGAAUAUAGUUUAGAACUGAUAAAGCUAUUCUCUAGACGUGUGGUGAUAUAGGCCCACUCUGGGGUCGUAACUCACCUAAAUUCUGCCUUCAAAAUUGGCUGAUUGAAUUCAAAAUGAUACUCUAUCCAGGGUUGGUAGGUUUGCUGAAUAACUAAGAGCAUACAAGUUACCCUAAUCUCUUUCUCAAGCCCCCGGGGGAGGGGCUUAUUUUUUCCAGGCAUCUUUGGGAGGGGGUUUAUUGGAGGGGGAGGGCUUAAUAGAGAGAGGGGGGCUUACUAAUUUAUCAGUAUACAAUUAUAUGCAAAAACAAAUUGGUGCAAAGAAAACAAAUAUAUCUAAUCAAAAGACAUUUGUUCUUGUACGAAUAGUGAGGGGCUUAAAACAUUUCUUCAUCUAACAAAGGGGGGUUAUUUAGGGGGGGGUAAUUUAGGAGGUUAUUUGCGAGAGGGCUUACUAGAGAGAUAACGGUAGUUAUUUGAGAAUUAAAAGUGAUUGAAAAUUUUUUUUUGACAGAAUCUCCUAACGAGCAAGCUCCAGAAAAUGAUGCAAAAUGGCUGGGUGAAGAAUAACAGCACACUAUUACACUAAACUAAUGACAAUUUUGAAGACAAUAGUUAAAUAGACCUAUCUCGUUUGAACGCACCAUUAAAACACUUGUAACUUUUUCAUUAAACAAAUAAAAAUAACAUUGAAAUAACGAAGUUAUUAUUAUUUUAUGACCAUUACCAUGCAAAAUGUUUGUGAUCUUGCUAUGGAUAAAUAUGCAAU